GAGAGAAAGACGGAAAGUAGGAGAGAGAUAGUCAACUGAGAGAGAGAGAGAUGAAAAGUAGGAGAGAGAGAUAGUCAGACAGAGAGAGAGAAAGCUUUGAGGAGAAGGGCAGUGUGAUUUUCUUUAGCGCAGCGAGCCAAUAGAGAGCUGGAUCUGUGAUAACAUCCACAUGCCGGAGAGGGAGAGGAGCAGGAGGUAACGCAGUGGAGUCGCCCCCAAACCCUCGCUCUCCACCCUGCUGCCCACAUGGGACUCACCGCCGCCCCGUACCCUGGACCACACGCACCGGACACCUGCCCCUGACCCCGCUGGAGUACCCCACCGCACCGCACCCGGUCCUGGGACACCUCAGAGAGAUACCCCACCCCAUCCCUCCGCACCCCGUCCUGGGACACCUCACAGAGGUGAAGCACACAGAACUGCACUGAGCUCUGGGACAGAGGAGACAUCUGCUGGUACCUAUCAACCACUCUGAGAUGUUCUGGAAAGUCGCUUUGUCCGUCCUGCUGGCGGGAGUUCUGUGCGUGGCGGUGGAGUCCAGGAAGAGUCGACCGCAGAGCGCCAUCCCCUCCCCCUACAAGACGCACAGCAACACGUCGGAGCGGCGAGGGGGGGCGCGUCGGCAGGACGUGCUGGCCUCCAGCCAGGAGGCGCUGGUGGUGACGGAGAGGAAGUACCUGAGGAGCGACUGGUGCAAGACGCAGCCCCUGCGCCAGACGGUGAGCGAGGACGGCUGCCGGAGCCGCACGGUCAUCAACCGCUUCUGCUACGGCCAGUGCAACUCCUUCUACAUCCCGCGGCACGUGCGCAAGGACCAGGAGUCCUUCCAGUCCUGCGCCUUCUGCCGGCCGCACCGCCUCACCGCGCUCACCGUGGAGCUGGACUGCCCCGACCUGCAGCCCGCCUUCCGGCACCGCAAGAUCCAGAGGGUCAAGCAGUGCCGCUGCAUGUCCGUCUCCGUGGGCGACUCCGCCCGGCCCUGA